AAGGAGGAAGGGAGGGAAAACUGGGAAGGGGAGGGAGGGAGGUCGGUGCUCCGGGGGCCGCCUCUGGCUUGGAGCCCUGCAGACCAUCGUCGUGCACCGCCGAGCUCCGCCGUGCACCACCGAGCUCCCCCGUGCACCGCCGAGCUCCGCCGUGCACCGCCGAGCUCCCCCGUGCACCGCCGAGCUCCGCCGAGCUCCCCCGUGCACCGCCGAGCUCCCCCGUGCACCGCCGAGCUCCGCCGAGCAGGACCAGCAGCAGCGGGAGGAGGAGGAAGAGGAUCUGCCCCCGGUAGCCCGGGCGACGACGAGGGCGGCGGCGUCGGAAGAUGGUGUUGCUGAGAGUGUCGAUCCUGCUGUUCUCCUGGGCUGCCGGACUGGGAGGCCAAUAUGGAAACCCUUUAAAUAAGCACAUUAGGCAUUAUGAAGGAUUAUCGUACGAGGUGGAUGUAUUACACCAAAAACACCAGCGUGCCAAGCGAGCAGUAUCACACGAAGACCAGUUUUUGCGUCUCGAUUUUCAUGCGCACGGACGACACUUCAACCUUCGGAUGAAACGGGAUACCGCUCUCUUCAGUGAUGAUUUUAAAGUAGAAACGUCAGAUAACGUAGUUGAUUAUGAUACCUCUCACAUUUACACUGGACAUAUUUAUGGUGAAGAGGGAAGUUUUAGCCACGGAUCGGUCAUUGACGGACGUUUCGAAGGGUUCAUCCAGACCCGCGGUGGCACGUUCUACGUGGAGCCGGCCGAGAGAUAUAUUAAGGAUAGAGCUCUCCCAUUUCACUCGGUCAUCUAUCAUGAAGAUGAUAUCAAAUAUCCCCACAAGUACGGGCCACAAGGAGGCUGUGCCGAUCAUUCCGUGUUUGAGAGGAUGAGAAAAUACCAGAUGACGGGCGUAGAGGAAGCCACUCAGAAACAUUACGAAGAACAUGUCACGAAAGGUCCGGAGCUGUUGAGGAAAAAGCGUGCGGCUUCAGCUGAAAAAAACACGUGUCAGCUUUACAUUCAGACAGACCAUCUCUUCUUCAAGUACUACGGAACCCGGGAAGCCGUGAUUGCUCAGAUCUCCAGUCACGUGAAAGCGAUCGAUACAAUAUAUCAGUCAACCGACUUCUCAGGGAUCCGUAACAUCAGCUUCAUGGUCAAACGAAUAAAGAUCAACACCACCAGCGACGAGAGGGACCCCACCAAUCCCUUUCGUUUCCCCAACAUCGGCGUGGAGAAGUUCCUGGAGUUGAACUCGGAGCAGAACCACGACGAUUACUGCCUGGCCUACGUGUUUACGGACCGGGACUUUGACGAUGGGGUCCUCGGAUUGGCGUGGGUCGGCGCCCCCUCAGGGAGCUCUGGCGGAAUCUGCGAGAAAAGCAAACUGUAUUCAGACGGGAAAAAGAAGUCCCUGAACACCGGCAUCAUCACCGUUCAGAACUACGGCUCCCACGUCCCUCCGAAAGUCUCCCACAUCACUUUUGCUCAUGAAGUUGGACACAACUUUGGUUCGCCUCACGAUUCCGGAACGGAGUGCACUCCGGGAGAAUCCAAGAAUUUAGGGCAGAAGGAAAAUGGCAAUUACAUCAUGUACGCCCGAGCGACGUCCGGAGACAAGAUGAACAAUAACAAAUUUUCUCUCUGUAGCAUCCGCAAUAUCAGCCAGGUGCUCGAAAAGAAGAGAAACAACUGUUUUGUCGAAUCCGGCCAGCCAAUCUGUGGAAACGGCAUGGUGGAACCAGGGGAAGAGUGUGAUUGUGGCUACAGCGAUCAGUGUAAAGAUGACUGCUGCUAUGACGCCAACCAGGCUGAAGAUAAAAAGUGCAAACUGAAGCCCAGGAAAGCCUGCAGCCCCAGCCAAGGCCCCUGCUGCACCGCAAAAUGUGAAUUCAAGCCCAAUUCCGCCAAGUGCCGCGAAGAUUCCGACUGCGCGAGAGAGGGAGUCUGUAACGGAAUCACCGCGCUCUGCCCGGCUUCGGAUCCCAAACCCAACUUCACAGACUGUAAUAGACACACCCAAGUGUGCAUUAAUGGGCAAUGCGCCGGCUCCAUCUGUGAGAAGUACGGCCUGGAGGAAUGCACGUGUGCCAGUUCGGAAAGCAAGGACGACAAGGAGCUCUGCCACGUCUGUUGUAUGAAGAAAAUGGACCCUUCCACCUGUGCGAGCACGGGAUCGUCUCAGUGGAACUCCCAGUUCAACGGGCGAACCAUCACGCUGCAGCCGGGCUCCCCCUGCAACGAUUUUCGUGGCUACUGUGACGUCUUCAUGCGGUGCCGACUGGUCGACGCCGACGGCCCCCUCGCCCGGCUGAAGAAAGCCAUCUUUAACCCAGAGCUGUACGAAAACAUCGCCGAGUGGAUUGUGGCUCACUGGUGGGCAGUGUUGCUAAUGGGAAUCGCUCUGAUCAUGCUAAUGGCUGGAUUUAUCAAGAUCUGCAGUGUUCACACACCAAGCAGCAAUCCAAAGUUGCCUCCUCCUAAACCACUACCAGGCACUUUAAAGAGGAGGAGACCGCCCCAGCAGACGCAGCCGCCGCCGCCACGCCAGAGGCCCCGGGAGAGUUACCAGAUGGGGCACAUGAGACGCUAACCACAGCCCUCUCGCCUUGGUUCUUCUUAGUGCCUACGACGGGAAAACUUCACUCCAAAGAAAACCCUAAAGUCAUCGUCCCCAGCCCAAACUCGCAAAAGGAGAGGAGGAGUCCGAACCCCGGCGGCCCGAUGGCACGCCCCCACCUCCCCCCGGCCCCCACACCCGACUGGGGGAGUUCCAUUUCGAACGGCUGCAAGUCACAGCCCAAACUUAAAGAAAACGUGCUUCUUGUCGUCGUCGUCGUUCCUCGCGGACAGAUGUUUUUUAACCAGAUGGCACAAAGUCUUAAAAAGUCCGAUCGUCUCUCCCUCUUCUCCGUGGCCGCAUUUCCUUCACGUGCAGGCCAGCCCGGCUGUAGUCAAACUCUCGUUCACAAAUUGGAAAGCGUAUAUAUUUUUCAACUGCCAACCCAGGCUAGGAAGCCCGGCCCCCCGCCCCCCGCCCCCCUCAACUUCGACAUUGGAGACGUUACUUGCCAAUGUACAUACCUUGUUAUAUGCAGACCUGUAUUUCUUACGUAACACCCGUACUUCUGUGUGCGAUUGUAAACAGAGAAUUGCAAUAUGGAUGUUUCUUUGUAUUAUACGAUUUUUCCGCUAUUAAUGAAACAAAUUACUGUUUAAUUGACAUACUCAGGAUAACGGGGAGGGCGGGGGCAUGGAUCAUGGGCCGGGAUUCCAUGACAUAGCAGCCGGAAGUGCUGUGUUCCGUGACAGCAGUUUGAAAUGAGAAUUUUAACUUUUUUAGUUUUUCUUUUUUUCCUCUCUUGGUUUUUUCUGGGUGGUGGUGGAGGUCAGUUUCAGUGGCCGUUCUCGCUCCGGGUUUCCCCCGGACUUGACCCAAAAGCGAUGCCACGCCACUGUGGGGGGGGUCCUUGGAUCGGUCUAGGAUCGUCCGUUCGCCGCAGGCUGGACGCUUCCGUUUAGGAGCGAGCGAUUCAGGUGCUCCAGAGUAACUGGGUGAAAUUGAAUUGCCGGCGUAGCGGGUAGAAGUGCAGAGUGCCUGGUGGAUGAGUUUCAGCCAACAGAUAUUCCUGGCUUGAUUUUUUGGUUUUUCCUUUCCCUCCCCACCCCCUCACCUUUGCUUUUUCCAUGUGCUUCCACAUAUGGAAUUAGGUUUCUGGUUUUGUCUGGUGUGGAAAGGUUAAAACGCUGUGUUUUUAUUAUUUUUAUUUAGCAAAUAUUUGGAUAACUUUUUUCAGCCCUAUAUUGUUGAUAGUUAACCGCUAAAAACUCCAGAGGUCUGCUCAGCGAGUAGGUGAAAGGAUAGGUUCUCCUGACUCUCUUCCCGAAGCGUUUUAACAGCAGUGAAGUUGGAACAGCACAAUGUCCCAUUCCAGAUUUUCUUUCUUUUUUUUUCUGUUUAAUGCAGCUGUAAAUAAUUGGCAUUUUAGAAAAGAAAGCAAAAGCAUUUAAUGUAUUUACAGGCUUUACUGCUAUGCAGGAAAUGGAAGGGGCAUUACACGUAAAACGUUCAAGCUUGUGACAUAUUUAUUGCUUCUGUUUUCCGCCGGCAUCGAGCUAACAUGAAGUAAACAGCUAGCAUUUUCCCAGCUUCGCUUAGGAGAAAAUGUAUUCAAGAGUUGGAACGGCUUCUGUCUUUGUGGUUCUUCUUCUUCUUUUUUUCCUUUUGUUUUCUUUCUUUCUUAAGAGUAUAAGGUUUACACAAUCAUUCUCAUAAUGUGACGCAAGCCAGCAAGGCCAAAAAUGCUCCAGAGAAUAUUGGAAGUCUCUUCCUUGUAAACUUGUACAGUACGUGGUGACUUUUUCAAAAUACAGCCUUUUGUACAUGGUUUAGAGACAAAAUUUUGUACAUGAGACCCCCGAUCCACUAGCUAGGCGAUAAAUAAUUCUAAAAACGAUCGUUCGAGUAGGUAGACAUGUUAAGUAGUGGCUUUUAAAAAUCAUUUAAAUACAUUUCGUUUUCAGACUGUGCAAAGGGUGAAAGUGGAUUUGCAUUUCCAAAAUGGUGAUUUUUCUUCCGCAAGGGUUCUUAAUAACUUCUCAAGUGUGGUGGACUUUGGGACAUGUCGAUUUUUUUUUUUUUCUUUGCUUGUAAUGUUAUCCUGUGGUAGGGUUUGGGUAAAUUGAACCGACCCUUUUUACUAUGAGUCUAAGUUAAGUGUUUUCUGAGAAGAGAUAUGUGCACUGAACUCUCCGCUGCAAGUCCAAGAUGUGGUAAAACAGAAAGAUCAAGAGGACUGAAAUCUAAUACUACUGUCGGUUUAAUGUCCACUGUGUUUUAUACAGUAUCUUUUUUUGUUCACUUUGGAAAUUUUUACUAAAAUUGCAAAAAAUAAAGUAUUGUGCAAAGAUAUGUAAGGAUUUUUGAAACUUGAAAUGCAUUAAUAAAUAGACCUGAUGAAAUCAG